AUGAAAGCGACCAACGAGCUGAGCUGCUAUCGAUACGCAGUGGUGGUCCACGUCAGGCCUCGAGGCCAGCAAGAGCAGAGCAUUCACUACAUUGAACAAGAGAGAUGGUUUGACUUUGCGGAGCGCAAACUAGAUCGCCAGUCUCUCUUAGAGCAGCUCCACACUUCCUCCACCUCAUCUCCAAUCGCGGUAAGCAACAUCCCUCACAGCAAGACCAUUGUAAGCCGCUGCCUUGUCGCCUCGCUGGACACUGCGGCAUCAGAGACAACAGCUCAGCAGGACUGGCUUUCCUCUGUGUACAAGGAAGCACAGCAUGUCCCCGCCCUUUCUGCCACUGACUUGGUUGACCUUGCUGAAGAAGCCGGCUACCGAGUCGAGAUUAGCUGGAGCAGGCAGCACUCACAGCAGGGUGGUCUAGACGCUGUCUUCCACCGGUAUCAGCCCCAGUAUGGAGCGAAGCGGGUGAUGUUCCGGUUCCCUAAUGAUGACGUGGGUCGACCGCUGCACAAUCUCACCAGCAGGCCGUUACGGCACCAAUUCCUGCAG